AUGUCGAAGCAAUACCUAACGACACAUACUAUCGACAAUGCACACAUAACCGACAUCUUCUCUCUUGCAGCCACGCCUACGGCACUCCUUUCCGCUAGCGGCUCUUCAACUAUACAUAUACAUGCCACUUCACAACCCUCCAUCCCUCUUGCCCAGUCUCUAGCUGGUGCGCAUAAACUCGGCUGCCACCAUAUUGCCGUCUCUCGCAAUGGUAAAGUCGCAGCUUCAGCUGGUUUUGGUGGGGAAGUAAAAAUAUGGAAGUUGGCCGAAUCAGAUACAGCCGAGUGGCAACCCUUUGGAGAGCUAGAUCCUACCAAAGGCUCAGGAAAGAGUGCUGGAGAGGUAUGGGCCAUUGCGCUUAGUGAAGACGGCCAAUACCUGGCUUCUACUACCUACGAUGGACGAGUCAAUGUAUGGGACCUUCUUGGAGACAGAUCCGAGAAAUUGCGCGAGUACGAAACUGGAAAUCCAGGCUCUGGUUCUUUCGGGCUUUGUGUAGAUCUGAGUCGCGAUGGGAAAUACACAGCAAGCGGUCACCAAAGUGGCGCUGUCUACGUAUUUAACAACGACACGGGCCGACUACAAUACUCACUUCCAGGUCUGGUCAAACCAAUCAGAACAGUAGCAUUCUCGCCAGCUAGCACACGUCUAGCUGCUGCCGGUGACGCAGGUAUCAUCGCCAUUUAUGACACAAAACAUGGCGAACAUGUGGGUAACCUAAAGGGCCAUACAGCUUGGAUCACCUCUAUCGACUGGAAUGACACGGGCGAGUACUUACUCAGUGGUGCUUUCGACGGCAAAGUAAAGGUUUGGUCUAUCGACAAAGGUGUCUGUGUUGCAACUCACAGCGAGACGGACAAGGCGCUCUGGGCUGUUAAGUGGUUACCCAAGACAGGACGAAACGAGAUGUUUUGCACGGCCGGUGCAAAUAGGAGCCUGACUUUCUACCGCGAAGCUACAGGCGCAUAA